AUGGCUUCAUUAUUCAAAAAAAAGGAGUCUGUACACCGCCCAACUGUGGUCCCCCCUGCUUUACUCCAAAGUCUAGCCCCUGAGCCCAUCCAUUCACCCUUGCCAUCAAAACCAAAUCUUCCACACACUGAAGAAGCUCCACCUAGUCAACCAGACAAAGGACUGCAAUCAGCCAGUUGCUUAUCAAAACUGAGACAUAUUGCGACGAACCUCCCUGAUACUGUCCCACUUGCUGCUCCCUCAGACCCUAUUGCAGCUCUCACUGGUGACCCUAAAGAAAUAGUGGCCACUCAAAAGCUGGAAGAGCCAGAUGAGGAUAAUGGCACCCUAGCAUCAGCCAUUAGACAGGGCCCAAUGGGGUUGCCAGGGCUUUGUGCUACACUCCAAUACUUCACCAACAACAAAUUUGCUUCUGAAGAAAUUCUGGAGAUCCAAAUCAAUAACCUGAUUGAGGAAGCAAAAAAAAUAAUCCCUCUAGAGUCCCAUCCUGCAUCAACAAGGCCCUCCCCAAGGAGACAGGAUAAUACUGUACUCACUAAGCGCAUGUUGCCUUCACCGCAACCUGGUACCAAACACCUCCCAUUUCUCCUGGACUCUGAUGAGGACAGCGACUCACCUCCACAAAUAAUUGACAACAAGCAUCCAUGCCAAGGAAUCAGAAUCGACGUUCCUGAAGGGAGAAGCCCAUUUCUUGAGUGGCCAUGGAAAGAACAAGCGGAGUUAGCAAUGGCUUGGGACAUCCACACUAAAAAUGGUAUUCUUACCUUGCAUGCUCCCACUUGUCUACAGUUGACACUGUGGGUUAAUGAGCCAUGCCAAGAAUGCCAACUCCUCCAAAACAAUCAAAGACUUUGCCAUAUUCAGGACCGGAUCCACAGAGGCAUCCCCAAGACCACCCCAUAUAAGUACCUUGGGAUGUCUGGAUUAAUUGAAAUUCUCAGGUGGAAAGACCGUCAAAUUGACAGUCUCAAACUUAAAUGUCUUAACACCAAUCGGAAACUGGAUUUGCUCAUGACUUCAAACCUGGACUACAAAAGAUUCGUCAUGGCUUGCCUGCAACUGUCAUAUCCGUGCAUACCCAACCCUGACCCGACUUCCGGACCCCCACCCUCUUCACCUCCGGAGUCAUACCCUACCGCUGCCGUUCCGAUACUCACCUUCGGUCCUGGCAACACACCUCCUUCUACCCCCCACACCACCUCUACUCCUCCUUCCCUCUCCUCCCCUAUCUCCGUCCGCUCUGAUACUCACCUCGGACUGAACACCGCCCCUCUCGCCACCCUCCUACUCUUCCCCAUCCGCUCCGAUACUCACCUUCGGACCCGACAACUCUCCUUUCCGCCGCUCCUUCCCCCUUACCUUUCCCCUCUCUCCUCCCUCUGGUACUCCUCCGCCACCCUCCUGCCAAGUUAUGACCUUCCACCGCUGUCCCGUACUUCGUACUCAGACACCGCUUGUACCUUUGCUCCGAGCCUCCGUCAUAGUCCCUACCUCGGACUUUGA